GCCCGGCGCAGGAGGAGCCGCCCUUCCCCGGCGCAGGCGCCGCAGCGCUCGGCCGGCGCCAUGGACCGCGGGGUGCUGCUCAGCGCCGUGGCCUGUCUGUGCUUCCUGGCCCCGGCGGCCGAGGCCUUCAAGAGGAGGGGACCCAGCGUGACAGCGAAGGUGUUCUUUGAUGUGAAGAUUGGAGACAAAGAUGUUGGCAGAAUUGUAAUUGGAUUGUUUGGAAAAGUUGUCCCAAAGACCGUGGAGAACUUCAUUGCGUUGGCAACUGGAGAAAGAGGAUAUGGAUACAAAGGAAGUAAAUUUCAUCGUGUGAUCAAAGAUUUCAUGAUUCAAGGAGGAGACUUUACAGCUGGAGAUGGAUCAGGAGGAAGAAGCAUCUAUGGAGAAAGGUUUCCUGAUGAGAAUUUCAAGCUUAAACACUAUGGAAUUGGAUGGGUUAGCAUGGCUAAUUCUGGCCCGGACACCAAUGGAUCCCAAUUCUUCAUCAGUGUGACAAAGCCUUCCUGGUUAGAUGGAAAACAUGUAGUAUUUGGCAAAGUCCUUGAUGGCAUGUCUGUGGUGCACUCGAUAGAACUCCAGCAGACAGAUGAACAUGAUCGGCCCCUUCAAGACUGUGUGAUUGUGAAUAGUGGCAAAAUAGCUGUAAAGGAACCAUUUGUAGUUGAAGUGGGUGACUGGUGAAACUAGAAUGAAAAGUAAAACUUAAUCACUUUUCUUUAAUGCUGGUUUUUGACUGAUCUCAGCAAUCUACUGAAUUUUCACCUCAAAACGUGUGAAGUUACAUUUAGGGAGUACUUAUCAUUUGCCAAAUACAGAAAAGAUAUGACCAUUACUGUAACAACUUGUUGGAGCCGCCACUCCUUGAAAAUCAAGACAUAUCCCACCAAACUCUAGAUCUUGCGGAAACAGACUUUAAUGAAAAAUUAUAGCAGUAAUUCUAUGUUUUUCAAGGUUUAAAAUACAAUAAUUUUGCUUGGAAAUUUUAGCAAUUUUUUUUUUCUCUUUUCAACUGAAAAUAUUUACUGUAACACUACCAGCAUUUUUAAAAGCUUAAAAAAAAGGUAACAUAUAGAUGUGUUUUGAAAAAAUAAACUUUGAUUUCAAA